UUUUGUGUUUUGCUUUGAUGACGUUUUGGUUAUUUUUUCCAUUGUUGAACGUUUUUUGAAAUUUAUUCACCAAAUUACGGUAUUUAAAUUUUUUAAUUAUUGACCCUUUUAAAAAUUUUUAUUUUUACCCUUUUAUAAUUUUUUUUAACUUGACCAUUUUACAACGUUUUCCGACUUGGCCAAUUAUAUUCCUGACCAUUUUAAGCUGCCCUUUCGCUCCUUUGAAGUUCUCUAAUUUUUUGUGACAAUAUUUGUGUACAAAAUGUACUAUUGUCUGCGGUUAGUCAAAAAAACAUCACGUUCCUCCCUCAAUUUGUACUUUGUUCCUCUGCGGUGUUGAUUGUUACUUCAUUCAAUGGUAGGCUUUUAUAGGGGAGUUUCUCUCUCUCAAAUUGAUUUGCAGUCAAAACAAAAGGCAAACAAGGCUAUUUUUAAGGUUAUUUUUAGGUACAGGGAGAGAUGUUUAUCUUUUUUUAUUGUCUGGUUUAAACAAAAUUUUCUAGUCAUUUAUGUUAAAAACAUUUUUUACUAAAAAAUUAAUUAAAAUGCCAGAAUUUUUAAAAGAUUCACAAUUUCAAAUUUUAUCGUCACCAAGACAUAUUAUUGGAAAUAAUCAUCAUCAAGGGCAUUUCCCGCCUUUUAUUUCAAAUUUCACAACGUCCUCUUCAACCAAUUCAGAGUCUAGCAGCGCUUCAUCAACAUCAUCUUCAAGUUCAAAUUCUUUACCAAAUUCUUUUCAACCUCCUUCAGCUGAUUCUGAAUCUUACGUUAAAGUUAGAAUGCCAAAUAUUAAAGUUUUUUCUGGUUCGUCAAAUUAUGAAAUGGCUCGUUCAAUUUGCGAUAGAUUACAAUUAGAUGUAGCUAAAGCUGUUUUGAAGAAGUUUAGCAAUAAAGAAACUAAUGUAGAAAUUAUUGAAUCUGUUAGAGGAGAGGAUGUUUAUAUUAUACAGAGCGGUUGUGGCGAGAUAAACGACCACUUGAUGGAACUUUUAAUUAUGAUUUCUGCUUGUAAAAUUGCUUCAGCAUCUCGUGUCACAGCAGUAAUUCCCUGUUUUCCUUAUGCUAGACAAGACAAAAAAGACAAAUCUCGAGCGCCAAUUACUGCUAAACUUGUUGCAAAUAUGCUUUCAGUUGCUGGGGCUGAUCAUAUAAUUACAAUGGAUUUGCAUGCCUCCCAAAUUCAAGGAUUUUUUGAUAUUCCUGUGGAUAAUUUAUAUGCUGAACCGGCAAUAUUAAAAUCAAUUAGAGAAACAAUUCCAAAUUGGAAAGAAGCUGUUAUUGUUUCUCCUGAUGCUGGGGGAGCUAAACGUGUAACCUCAAUAGCCGAUCGUUUAAACGUCGAUUUUGCUUUAAUCCAUAAAGAAAGAAAAAUUGCUAAUGAAGUUGAGAAGAUGACACUUGUUGGUGAUGUAACAAACAAAACAGCAAUUUUAGUUGAUGAUAUGUCUGAUACUUGUGGAACUUUAAUUUUGGCUGCAGAAAAAUUAAAUGAAGCUGGGGCAAGCCAAAUUUAUGCUUUUUGUGUUCAUGGAAUAUUUUCUGGUCCAGCUAUUGAUCGCUUAAAUAAUUCAAAAUUCGAAUCUGUUUUUGUAACAAAUACAAUUCCGCAAGAAGAAAAUAUGAAACGUUGCAGUAAAGUUAAGUGUAUUGACAUUUCAAUGAUUCUUGCUGAAGCAAUUCGUCGUACACAUAAUGGUGAAUCUGUUAGUUAUUUAUUCAGUCAUGUGCCUUUGUAA